AUGCGCCUCACGCCAAAGGAGCGUGCGCACUUUGCGGCACUUGCCGAAGGCGAGAGCAAAAUGUCGGCGCACGCGUACGACGAGUUUGUGCGCAAACGGCUGCUGCCGGCCAACGAGCAGCUGGCGCUUCACGAGAUCCGAGAGAGCGUGCACGCCGACAGCCUUGGCAAGCGGAUGAUCGUGGCGGCCGACUUUCUUGGCACGUCGCUCUUUGCGGUGGUCGGCGCGGAGAUGGCCGGCCAGGCCGGGAUGAACGUCGUCGGCUGCACGCUCGUCGGCUGCAUCGCCGCGAUGGGCGGCGGCACGGUCAACAACCUCAUCACCGGCGUGACGCCCGUCUUCUGGCUGCGCGACCCGCGCUUCCUGCUCGCGGCGGCCUCGUCCUCGAUAGCAACCUUUACCUGUGGCACAAGGGCUGCCGGCCCCGCGUGCGUGGCGCUCGGCGUCUCGAUCUGCGCCGGCGGCGUGAUGCGCGACGUCAUCUGCCACCGCGACGUGGCGAUCGGCUCACAGAGCUUUGCGCUCGCGACGGGCGCCGGCGCGUCCGUCUAUGUGGCGCUGCGCAAGGCGGCGGAGCGCGGCUAUGUGACCUACAUAUCAAUGCGCAUCUGCCUCGCUGCCGCGACAACGCUCGCGAUGCGCGCCUACGCGUGGCACCGCAAGCAGACGACGGGCGAGCACGUCCUCGCGCCGUAUGCGCACCGCCGCCGCGUGGAGUGA